CUUUGAUCGAGAUGUCCGGUAAAUAAUAAGACACUUUACUUCCGUUGAGCAGAAAAUACGACGCGUACAGUUCACCACCAAAACCAUCACCAGAAAGUUCAAAAAAAAUCUCCAUUAACAAUGGCAGGAAGCAGUCAAGUAACAAAGGGUGUCUAUUCUCUUUCAUUCUCUUCCCCUCGCACAUCUCUUCUCUCUCAAUCUCCUGUCUUUUUCCUUAAUUUCUUAAACUCCACUCCUCGAUUCUACACAAAAAACCUUACGCUUAAUCUCAAUUACACAUCUACUCUUAACUUCAAUGGCGAUGUCAGAGAUAAAGCCCCAUUGAUUCGUGCUAUGUCAUCAUCAUCUUCUUCUUCUUCUUCUUCUUCUUCUUCUUCUUCAUCUUCGUCUUCUUUUGGGUCUCGUCUUGAAGACAGUGUGAAGAAAACUGUCACCGAAAACCCAGUUGUUAUUUACUCUAAAACUUGGUGCUCGUAUUCAUCUGAGGUCAAAUCAUUGUUCAAAAAACUUGGGGUGGAUCCAUAUGUUAUUGAAUUGGAUGAGUUAGGUGCUCAAGGGCCUCAACUGCAGAAGGUAUUGGAGAGGCUUACUGGUCAACAUACUGUUCCAAAUGUUUUCAUUGGUGGUAAGCACAUUGGCGGUUGUACAGAUACUGUGAAGCUUUACCAUAAAGGAGAACUUGAACCAUUGCUUGCUGAAGCAACUGCCAAGAGUGCAUAGGGCUAGGAACUUCAAAUUCAUUAAAUCUAUUCUGUUGGUUCUUCUUUGCAAGUUAUGCUCAUCUUUUCCCUCUCAGAAUUGCAUUUUAUUUUUUAUGUUAAAACAUACUUACCGGUACUAUAGGCUCUUAUUAAACUCGCAUACUGUAUCGCUUCAAAUCUUAUAAUGAAAUUAAGUUAACUUGGGUGGUCAA